UUGAAAUUCACGGGAUCCUUUUCUAAAUUUAUGUUGCCCAAAGAGGCGAAAACUAUAAGCUUGGCAUUCCGGGAGCUUUAGUAGUAUAGUACCUCAUAGAUAAGCUAUGCAAACUCUUCUUCUGCCGGCAGCUCGCUCCGGCCUCGCACCUCCGCCCUUCAAGGCGGCGGUGACAUGUAAUGUCUCCCGUCAUUUUCUCCGAUUCAACACCUCCCCCUUUCCUCAAUCAUCUCUUUCUUCGUUGAAGUUUCUCCAGAGUUUAUCCCCACCUUACAUAAUUCUCAAUAAUCACAGUGCCAAAACCCUAGCUUCCGCUCCCACUCCCACUGCUGCUGCCUAUACUUCUCCAAGUGAUGAAUCUGAAAAAGCCAAACUCGCUCAGGUUUCGAAGAGAUUAGAGAAAACUUCAAGGUACUUCAAGAGAUUGGGAAGCUUUGGAUUUUGGGGGCAACUGGUUUGCACAGUUGUGGCAGCUGUUAUCCUUUCAUUUUCUGUUGUCAUUACUGGGAAAAUCACAUCACCUCCUACCUUUUAUGCAACUGCUGGUGGUAUUGCUGCUGCCUUCAUUUCUGUGUUUUGGUCAUUUGGGUAUAUUCGAUUAUCUGAUAGACUUCGGAAGACAGCCACUGAUCCUUCAAAGGCGCCUCCUCGUGCUGAUGUUGUGAGAAGUCUGCAAAACGGCAUAGGCAUAAAUGUCUUGGGCAUAGGUGCUGCUAUACUUGGCAUGCAAGCGACAGUAGGCCUGUUGGUGGCUAAAGCUCUUACCACUUCAGCUACUCCUUAUUAUCAGGGCAUUGCCCCUGGGAACAGCCCGGUUCUUGCCUUGGAUGUGUUCUUGGUGCAGGCAUCUGCAAACACCAUUAUGUCACAUUUUAUCGGACUAGUAUGCUCGCUGGAGCUAUUGCGCUCCGUCACCUUGCCAUCUUCAGAAACUGUUCUCAUCCCAAAGAUUGCCUAACUUGGAUCAACUGUUGGGUGAUAAAGCACAUGAAACGGGCUUCCUGCAAUCAAUUGGUUGCUUGAACUUAGAAAAGAGAUUGUUAUUGACUAUAUUCGUGUAUUUGCGGACUCUUUGAAUGCAAUUUAUGUUUUUUGUUGCGGA